UUUAUUUUUUAAUUUCCCUCUUUCUCUCUCACCCUGCGUCCAUCUCUGAAUCGAAGCCAUGGAAGCGAUAUUGGUAGACUGUGUAAACAACAGUCUCCGUUAUUUCGUAUACCAGAAUGCCAUUUUUAUGUGCGAGCGUCUCUGUGCUGAAUUACCAUCUGAGUGCAAAUACCACUGAAACUCAGGCAUCAACUCUAUUGCAGAUGAUCAGUUGAAGUGCACGAGUAAAGUGCAUGCCCUUGGGAUAAAUUUUAAAUCUAAGUUAGUUUUGCGUAUCGAAUUUGCAAGGAUGAAGGUGUUUGAUAAUCUUGGGGGCUCACGACCCCCCUAAAUUUCACCUCUUGGGCUUUGGCUAUUGAAGUGGGAAUUGGGAAGUCUAUAGGAAGCUGAGAACCCAAACAUCUGACAAUCAGACCUAUGAACUGCUUCCACCGUCUUAUUCUUCCCGGCUUCCGCAAAUCCUCAACCAUCAACAACCGAAUUAUUUCCUAUCAUCUCAAUCACAAUAAUGUUUUUCACACUAUACAUUCCAAUUUCCAAUCUCUAAAAGCCCCAUCAGCAUCACCACAUUUAACCCAGGACCCAGCACAGGCUAUAGCAACCCAUUUAUCAAACUGCACCAGCUUACAGGAACUGAACCAAAUUUAUGCCCAUGUUAUCCACACUCAGAUGCUGGACUUCUAUCCGGCCCCAUUUCAUUGGAACAACAUAAUAAGAUCGUAUACUAGACUAGAUGCUCCUACCCAAGCAUUGAAAGUGUAUAUAUCCAUGUCCCGAGCCAAUGUCUCGCCUGAUUGUUAUACUCUUCCCAUUAUCUUAAAAGCUGCUUGCCAACUUUUUGCUAUUGAGAUUGGUAGGCAACUUCAUUCAGUUGCCAUAAGGCUUGGUCUUGAGUCUAAUGAGUAUUGUGAGAGUGGUCUCAUCAGCUUGUAUGCAAAGUCUGGGGAAUUUAAAAAUGCAUAUAAGUUGUUUGAGGGAAAUCAUGAAAGAAAGUUGGGUUCUUGGAAUGCUAUUAUGGGAGGCCUUGGUCAAGGUGGGCGGGCCAAGGAAGUAAUUGAGAUGUUUUUGGAAAUGAGGAAAUGUGGGUUGGAGCCAGAUGAUGUGACAAUGGUUAGUGUAACUUCUGCCUGUGGGAGCUUAGGGGAUUUGGACUUGGCUUUUCAAUUGCAUAAAUAUGUUUUUCACGCCAUGAGUUUUGGGCAAUCGGAUAUUUUGAUGCUGAAUUCACUUGUUGACAUGUAUGGAAAAUGUGGUAGGAUGGACUUAGCGGGUAGAGUGUUUUCUAGGAUUGACCAAAAAAAUGUAUCAUCUUGGACAUCAAUGAUUGUAGGUUAUGCAAAUCAUGGGCAUGUCAAUGAAGCUCUCAAGUGUUUUCAUUACAUGUUAGAAGCCAAUGUGAGGCCUAACCAUGUCACUUUUGUGGGAGUGCUGAGUGCUUGUGUCCAUGGUGGUAAGGUGCAAGAGGGAAGGUAUUAUUUUGACAUGAUGAGGAAGGUUUAUGGUAUUAUACCACAGCUGCAGCACUAUGGGUGCAUGGUGGAUCUGCUUGCCCGAGUGGAGCUGCUUGAAGAGGCAAGAGAGAUUGUGGAGGGGAUGCCAAUGAAGCCGAAUGUGGUAAUAUGGGGGUGUUUGAUGGGUGCCUGUGAGAAAUAUGGGAAUGUGAAGAUGGGAGAGUGGGUGGCUAAGCAUUUACAGGAGCUUGAACCUUGGAAUGAUGGGGUUUAUGUUGUUUUGUCUAACAUAUACGCUAGCAGAGGCUUGUGGCGAGAGGUUGAGAGGAUUAGAGGAUGUAUGAAGCAUCAAAGACUAGCUAAAAUUCCUGCUUAUAGCUUGGCAACCAGUUAGAAGUGAAAUUUAUAACUCUCAUUUUGCUGAAAGAAGAUUUAGCAUGUGGGAGUAUAUGAGGUAUUCUGCUUAUUUUAAGAUAUUCUAAUUAGGUUAUGUCAAUUAAAAGAGUGCAGUUAUUGUUUUUAAGAAGAAAUUUAAGAUAUUUACUAUGAGAUUUGUAUAGAAUUCACAUAUUUAUUAUUUUGACUAAUUUUAUGUAAAUUUUAUAUUAAAUAUUUUAUCUAAAUUUUAUAUUAAAGGUGAUUGGCUUACCUUAAUUAAAUGCUUUUUGUAUUUGAAAGUUAUUCAUGGAAGUAUCUGUAGCUUACUAAGAAACUGGUCCUGGUUUUAAUUUUUCAAGGAAUGUGUGGGUCAUAGAGUGAAAUUCAUAGCUGCAAAAUGUUUACACCAUGUAUUUGUCCUGCAUUUAACUAAACUGAGUGAACGCUUUAUAUGCAGUUAUUAAGUUUACAUUUAUUUGAAGUAUAGUAUCUUGCUUUUCACACAAUUCUAAAUGUCUGAGCUUCCAACUAUGGAUAUGGAAUGUGCUUCUCGUUUUUGCUUUUAUUUUAGUGCGGUGUUAUAUUCUCUUCAACGUUUUAAUUUCUUUUAUAUUCCAACCGGCUGCUAUUGAAAAGCUUCAUGUGCCAGAUGAAAUAGAAAACAACUUGUAGAUCUUUUGGUUUUGGGAACGCAGAAAAAGAGAGCAUGAAACAUUUUCUGGCUCAAAACUUUGGCCCCAACGAUAUCUCAUGCUUGUGCUUUCAUCUAAUGGUGAAUAAGUUGCUUCACCUUUGAUUCUUGUUUUUGCAUGCGACGCCUAUUUCCAAUUGGCUGGCCUUGUGCAGUUGACCUUGUCUUCGUAGGUAAUUAACAUGCUGACAGAAGACUAUCAGGAGGAAAUGAUUUUAUAUAAUUCAUUACAGGCUCGUAGCUGCUUGUUGUUGUAAGUUAUUGUUCAUCAAUCAUCUUUUUUCAAUUGAAAUUAAUGGUUAUCUCACAGGUUCUGGCUCAUGGCCAGAUUUUUUAACCUCCAUCGAGUCUUUGAGGUACUGAAAUUGUAUUGAGGUUGAAGUUAUUGAAUUUAUGUGCUCUUUCAACUUGUAACCGAAACCUGUGUUUCUUGCAGUUUCUGUUAGAUGUUUUCUUUCAACUUCGGAGAAAGAAGGCCAUGCAUUCGCAUAAUAAAAGUUUAUUAUGAAGAAACUAUUGACACAAUACAGGAAUGGUAGUUGUAAACUUGGGGAGAUUUAAUUAUUCUUUGUUUUUAACCUGGAAAUUCUCUUCCAUCUGUUUUUUCAAGGAUCGUAAAGCAGUACCAUAAAAAGAAACUACAUCAUCAAGACUCUGUUCUUUAAUUGGCUUCAGACUGAAGGACCUCUUGGCUUCCAGAAGGCAAUAAUUUCAUUGUAGCCAUAUGAGAUUCAAAUCCUAUAUUGUUUUCCAGAAGGGAGGAGCUCAAGCACCUUCCAUUGGGGUCAAUGGAAAGCAGCUUCUCCUUGGCCCAUGAUACAACUUCUCCUGAGCCAUCAUCAGAGAUGGAUUUUUUGGCACAGUAUCUGAUGCAGCCUGGUUGACCAGAGAUGCCUUCAAUUCCAUAACAUGUAUCUACAAUUGCUGAAAUCCACUUGUGGAUGUUGAAGAAGUCCUCCAACUGAGGCCAUAUCUGAUCAGCUCUGCAGCUUAGCGUGGCACUAACUGCGCCUUCCCUUUUUUUUUUUCUGCUUCAUAAUUAGCCAUUUUCUGAUAAAAUGGAAAAUCUGGUGGAGAGCUGUGCAAGAGCUUAUAAGCUUUUUUUUCUUAUUGCUGGGUGUUGAAUUAAUGUUAUCUAAGUUGGAUUAAUUAAUUGCAUACUGUCCACCUUGAAUGAGACAAAAAUUACAUGAAAAUUAGUUGAGAAAAUUUUCUA